CACUGAACAGUUGUGGCAGUCGCAGUUAACCGAAAUUUCACCGCUCUGGUCUAACGUUAAUAUUUCAAGGAUAAAGUGUUCAAAUUAAAUCGUGCAAAAUGGAUUGUGUUCCUGGUGGAUCCGACACAAACGUAAUAAAAUGCACGAACGAAGAAAUAUUUAAUAUUAUGAAAACAAAGAUGAAGGAUAGCGUGUCAGAACAAAUCGAAAUUUUAGAAGCAGCAUGGACUGAGAAAUUAGGGCGCAACAUUUGUAUUCUUGCAGAUCAAAAGCCUGCACUUUCUAAAUAUUUCCAUUCACUCCGAAUUAAAUGGCAAAACUGCAAUAGAACGGAGCAGAAUUUCAAAAAAAAAUACGCCAACUGGCUAUUAAACACUGCAGAAUUUAUAAUAAAAGACGAAUCUCUGUCAACGCAAUCGAAAACAGGUCGUCCAUCCUUAUCAUUUUCUGAUGCGUCUGAACGAUCGAGGCGCAGAAAAACAGAAGAACUUCGCACAUCUAACACCACUGAAGAAUUAGCUUACGCUACUCAAAUGAAUCUUCGCUCUUCAGGACAAUUAAAUGCUUCAAAAAUUGUAAAAGAUGUAACUUUGACAAGCCCAACAAGAGCUACUAAAUAUAUGAAAGCUGCUACAUCUCAAGUUGAACAAACUUUAUCGAAUGAUGCAGCAUUGUCAGUUCUAAUUGAACACAAGUUCUCAAAACGUACGUAUCAAAGUAUUAGAAACAUAGGCAAAGAAAAUAACUGUAAAUUAUAUCCAUCCUAUAAUAAUGUUGUAAAAUCUAAAAGACUUUGUUAUCCACCACGUACUGACAUCACGAUCAAAGAGAAUUAUGCUGAAGUAAAAUUACAAAGUAUACUAGAUCACACGGCACAACGUAUUUUAUUACUGCAAAGGGAAGUUAUUGGUACUUUGAGCAUUGAAAACAUUAAAAAUUUGCAUCUUACUUGUAAGUGGGGUUGUGACGGAAGCUCUGGACACAGUGUUUAUAAGCAGAAAUUUAACGAAGCCGGCAUAUCAGAUGAAAAUGUGUUCUUCACGUCAUUUGUGCCAUUACAACUUGUUUGUAAAGACGAAAAAUUAGAUACGGAUCUUGUAAUAUGGCAGAAUCCUAGAACAUCAUCUCCUAGGUUCUGUAGACCAAUAAGACUACAAUUUGAACACGAAAAUGCUGAAACAACAGCUCAUGAAGUGAAUGAUAUCAAACAACAAAUAAAUUCGCUUAAUCCCCUUGUGACACAAGUACAUGGCAUGGAGAUCCGCGUUCAAUAUAACAUGAAUUUCACGAUGAUUGACAAUAAGGUUUGUAAUGCAGUGUCAGAAACGAAAUCAACGUUACGAUGUUAUUUAUGCAAUGCUACAUCCAAGGACUUCAAUGAUAUACGUAAGAUGCUACAAAGAAAAGUAGAAACAAGCAAUCUCCGAUUUGGAAUUUCGACACUGCAUGCCUGGAUACGUCUUUUUGAAUGCUGUUUGCAUUUAUCGUACAAACUUACAAUUAAAAAAUGGCGAGUAAAUUCUGACGAAGAAAGAGAAAUUGUCGAGACACGUAAGUCGAUCAUUCAAAGAGGAUUUCAAAUACAAUUAGGAUUAAUAGUCGAUCGUCCAAAGCCUGGUUGUGGAAGUACCAAUGACGGCAAUACGGCAAGACGUUUUUUCGAAAAUUCUACAACAUCAGCCACAAUAACAGGCGUAUCCGAAAGCCUUAUAAAUCGAUUUCACAUCAUUCUGCAAGUUAUCUCUAGUGGUUUCGAAAUUGAUAACGAAUUAUUUAGAGCAUAUUCUUUAGAAACUGCCAAUGAGUUCGUAGAAUUAUAUCCGUGGUAUUACAUGCCGACAUCUAUUCAUAAACUCUUAAUUCACGGCCCGGAAAUUAUAGAACACUUUUUACUGCCUAUUGGACAAUUGUCCGAAGAAGCACAAGAGGCACGUAAUGAAGAUAUUAAAAGAUUUCGUGAAGAUUUUGCGCGAAAAUGCUCUAGAGAAAAAACGAUGGAAGAUGUUUUUAAUCGAUUGAUGAUUACUUCAGAUCCGUAUAUUUCAAGUAUACGAAAACAACCACGAAAAUCUUUUAAAUCGUUAUUACCACAAGCUCUUGAAUUAUUAACUUCUCCGACAAUCCCUGUAUCAAGCACUGAUAAUUUACAAAUUGCUAUUAAUUAUGACAGCGAAUCUUCAGUUACUGAUAAUGAAUCCGACGCUAAUUGCGAUUCUGAAAAUGACGAAGAUUUUUCAAGUCGAGUAGCCAUUGUAUUUGAUCGCUACUUCACACCUUCUAUCAAAGAUUAUGAGCACACUCUUCGAGGUAGUGUGGAUGACAAGGAUUUCUACAUCUCCGGCCCUCAACAAACAAGAACAGCAGAUUUUGCGAAAGAUUUGAAAAACAUCAAGUUUAAAGAAGCUCUUGUCAAGUUUUUUAUCGAUCAUUGGGCUGAUCAGAAGAUGACUACAAUUAUCGUUACCAAUAAUAAAGUAACGCGAACCAUCGAUCAUGAACUGUCAUGUCCUGAUUACGAAGAAGCGGAUACAAAAGCAGUAUUUCUUGCAUGUCAGCUAAAAGAAGAUUCCACUGUUACAAUCAGAACCUCUGAUACAGAUAUUGUUGUUAUCAUGUUGGCCAAUAUAAAACAUUUUCAAGCAUCAGUGAAAAUAUGGAUAGAUCUCGGAGUAAGUAAUGCACGCCGAUAUAUCGACGUUUCCGCACUCUCUAUUAAGCUAGGCCCAAUAGUUUUGCGAGCGCUACCAGCUCUUCAUGCGCUAACAGGAUAUUUGGGAUCUAACGAUUAUAAUAUAGAUGCAUCUUUUAACAUCAUACAAUCUUUUAUCUGCCACUUGUAUGGCCUAAAAAAAUUAGAUAAUGUCAACAGAGAUAGAAUUGAAAUCUUCAAUAAGACAUACAAGGUAUCAGAUACAUCACAGCUCUUCUCGUUAAAUGUUCGUAAUUACAAUGCUUGUUGCUUGCCACCAUGUCAAUCGGAGUUACUGCAGCAAUUAUUACGAACAAGAUAUAUUGCUUGCUUGUGGAGGAAUGCACACAAUCCAAACAGCAUCAACAUGUCACCAACAAAUUACGGAUGGACAGAUGUAAAAGGCAAAUUGGAAAUGACUUGGUUCGUUGGUAAUCAAUUACCAGAAGCGUACGACAAUGUAAUCAUAACACCUGAUAUUGUAGGAGAUACUCCAGAUUCAGAUAUGCAAGCUGAAGAUGAAAUUGACGAACAAAUCGAACCAGACUUGCAAUUAAGAAAAUCUCUCCAAAUAAUCGUCAGAUUAUGGAUCAGCACGACUAGGACAUCAAGCUAA